GGAUCUGUCUACGCCUGUCCCCUCACCACUUCCACCAGCGACUGCCAACGCCUCGACAUUGAGCUGAAGAAUGAGCCAGACAAGGCCAUCAUCGAUGACAUGUGGCUGGGGGGGGGGAAAGUGUCCAACCAGCGGCAGCCAGCAGGGAGGGUACUGGCCUGCGCUCACCUCUACGCUAAGGUGCUGUGGUCAGGCAGCGAGGACCAGCGGCGGAUGGUGGGCAAGUGCUACGUGCGGGGCAAUGACCUGCGCCUCAACAUCAGCGAUGAGUGGCAGACCUACCACAAUGAGAUGUGCAACUCCAACACAGACACUGACGAGACUGGCAUGUGCCAGAUGGGCACCAGCGCUGGCUUCACUGCCAACAUCAUCUAUUUUGGGGCGCCCGGUGCCUACAACUGGCAAGGUACCAACUACAUGCUGCAGCGGGAGAUGUGGGACCUGCAUGACUUCUCCUACCCCAACAAGAAGAACGGCAACACCUACAUAGGGUACACAGCAGAGGUGGGCAGCGCAGUGCUGCAGCAGGACGCGGUGACGGUGGUGACGGGUGCUCCCCGGUACAAGCACAUGGGCGCUGUAUACCUGCUGAGCCGCAGCCCUCAGCAGACGCUGCAGAGGAGCCUUCUGCUCCCCGGGCACCAGGUCGGCUCCUACUUCGGCAGUGCCGUGACCCUGGCAGACCUCAACAAUGACAGGUGGCAGGACCUGGUGGUGGGAGCUCCCUACUACUUCCAGCGGAAGCAGGAGGUGAUCAGCGGGUCAGACCUGGGACCUGCCAGCAUGCAGACCUUUGGGUACUCGCUGAGCGGGGGGCUGGACGUUGACGGGAACUCCUACCCCGACCUGCUGGUGGGCAGCUUGGCUGAGAGGAUCGUCCUGCUCAGAGCACGACCUGUGAUCAACAUCCUGAACAAGACCUUCAUGGUGACCCCCAGCAAGGUGGACCCUGCCCGGUGCACGCCUGAGUCCUGCAUCACAGUGACCGUCUGCUUCUCCUACAACCAGAGUGCUGGAGACCCUCAGUACCAGGAGAAGAUCACCCUGGAGUACACCCUGGAGGCUGACAAGGACCGGCACCCACCCAGGGUCAGGUUUUUGGGAACCCACUCAGCCACCUAUCAUGGCCUCUUCCCCAUGCCCGAGACGCGCUGUGAAUCCAAGGAGCUCCUGCUGCUGGUGAGCAUCCGAGACAAGCUGCACCCCAUCGUGCUCUCCAUGAACUACUCUCUGGUGGAGAAGCCCAGGGUCUUCCAGCUGGGUCCCCACUCCCUUGAUGCCUUCCCCAUCCUCAACCAGGACCAGUCGCACGAGAAUGAGACCAAGAUUGAGUUCCAGAAGGAGUGUGGCUCUGACAACAAGUGCUACAGCAACCUCCAGCUCCAGAGCAGCUUUGUUACUGACCAGAACCAGCCCCUGCCCAGGCUGAACGGGACCCAAGUGCUGCAGUACAGCCGGGACGUGCGGAAGCUCCACCUGAUCAUCAACAUCACCAACGUGCCCACCAACCCCACCAACGGCGAGGACGCUCACGAGGCGCUGCUCAACGUCACGGUGCCCGCCAGCCUGCUGCCCUCCUCCGUGCGCCCGAGCGGAGCCUGUACCUUUGCAGAGACGGUGCUGUGCGAGCUGGGCAACCCUUUUAAGAGGAACCAGAGGGCAGAGCUGAUCAUCACCUUUGAGGCCAUUGGGAUCAUGCUGGAUACACGGGAGAUCUUGGUGUGGCUGGAUCUGUCUACGCAAAGCACCCCGGAGAACCUGCAGCCUGUGCUGGCCAGACUGCUGGUGGACUACAGCAUCCAGUCCUCGCUGACCAUAGCCCCGUCACACGUGCAGUCACACUUCAGCGGAUCGGUGCUGGGCGAGUCGGCCAUGCGGGGGGAGCAGGAUGUGGGCAGCCCCCUUGCCUUUGACUUCCAGGUGAGCACCAAGGGCGAGUCGCUGGGUGCCCUGGGCACCAUCCUGCUCGGCUUCGAGUGGCCCUACGAGAUCCCCAACGGGAAAUGGCUCCUCUACCCCACUGAGAUCCUCAUCAACAGCAACGAGACCUGCCAGCCCCCCGGGGGGGUCAUCAACCCGCUCAACCUCACCCUUCUGCAGGACCAGGUUCCAUCCCGGCAGAGGCGGGAGCGAGGAAAGCCCCCCAUCACCCUGGCCACUGCCAAGAAAGCCAAGUCAGAGGUGCUGCUGAGCUGCUCCAAGGGCACAGCUCGCUGCGUGUGGUUCGAGUGCCCCCUGCUCCACACCCAGCACCCCACCACCUUCAGCAUCCGUGCCCGGGUGUGGAACAGCACGUUCAUCGAGGAGUACAGGGACUUUGACCGGGUGAAGGUGGACGGCACAGCGACCCUCUUCCUCCGGACCCACGUCCCCACCAUCAACAUGAGGAACCAUACGGUGCGGUUCUCGGUGGACGUGGACUCGGAGCUGAUGGAGGAGCAG